CUCACGAUUUCGUGUCACAACGUAAAUAUCAAAUUUCCCGCAGCACUUGAAAGCAGCAUAGUACCUCUGGCUGCGUUCACUGUCGUCCUCUCGUCGCGUAUCGAUCCUGCUCGCUGAUCGCUCGCCCUGGCCUCAGGAUGGUGGCCGUGCUGUGUGACGCCACACGUUUGUCCGAAGUUCCUGGUUAACGGGUAUCUGGCACCCGGGGGAUUUAAUGUUCCGUGCAGCUAAUCUACAAACCAUCGGCAAAGCGGGAACCGGCUGGCACUUCUGCCGGACGAUGGACGAGCUGGUCCACGACCUGGUGUCCGCGCUGGAGGAGAGCUCCGAGCAAGCCGCUCGCGGUGGAUACGGCGAUGGAGGAGACCACGCGCUGGCCGUGGGCUGUCUGCUGAAGAGGCAGUCUCGGAAGCGGAGGGGCAGAAAACGACGCUCGGACAACCCGCACCCGCCGUGGGAGCCGGGCCACCUCAGUGAGGGCUCGGAGUCCAGCGUGGAGGAACACAAGGACUACCGUGCCAGCACAGGGGGUGUCUCUGCUGCCAACAGCCAUGCACGAGACAACAGCGACUCGGAUGAGCAACUUGGCCCCAAGCGGCGCACCCUUCUAACGGCCGACAGCGGCCGAGGCAAGCGGCCGAUUUGGCCGGAGGACUUGGGUGUCCUGGGGUCCGCGGAGGGAACGCGCAGCCUCAGACGGCGCCGUAAGGUCAAACGCAUGGCUGUGGACCCACCCGCUGAACCAGAACCCCCCUCCUGUGCCAUGCUCGGGCCACCACCUGUUCCCAAAGCCCGUGGCGGUGCCAGGCAGCAUAGACUGGGUCCUAGAGACGUUAGGGGUGCCAUGGAAGUCUGCGGGGGUGGGAAGAACAGGGUGAAGAAGAGAAAAAUGGCUCCCAACAGGCUGGGAAUGGAGGCUGCCGACGAAGGGGUGGUGGUGGAGAGCGAGGACCCCAUUUCUUCUCCGACGGACGGCUCAAAGGACAAGAUGGAGUUGGAGGAGCAGAAGGGUUCGGAUGAGGACAUGAGUGACAGGUGUGAGACCAGCAGUGUCAGCAACAGCAGCGACGGAGGCCUCUACACCAAUGACGAGGGAAGGCAAGCUGAUGACGAGCAGAGCGACUGGUUCUAUGAGGGCGAGCCAGGCUCCGCUUCAGGAUCCGGAGGGGUGAGUGGGAUCGCGGGAGUGAUUCCUUGGUGGGAGAGGGAGACGGGCUCAGAGGAGCUGGACCUAGGGGACCCCGUCUUCAACAGCAUCCUCACUGGAUCCUUCCCCCUCAUGAGCCAUGGAGCACAUAGAGGGUUCCAGGCCCGGCUGAGUCGUCUUCAUGGAAACCAGCAGGUAUCUCAGGCAGGCGGCUCCAGACAAGGCUUCAACGACAGACUGAGUAGACAAACCCAGGACCCUCAUGAACAAGGAUGUAACUGCAACAUGACUGGAUGUCAGAGGCAUACAACGGCGUGGCGGCCUUGGUUUAGCUCGGGCUCGAGGAGAGAGCACGGACAGCUGCAUUGGGACCCGCGGUCAGACCGAGGGCAUCGGAGAAGCUGCUCCGUGAAAACAGCCAGCAGACAAACCAGCGGGCACCUCGGCUCUCUGUGCACCGGGGAUGUCAAGCGGAGGCGAAAAGCAGCGCCCCUCGGCUCCGCCGCCCCCUCAGGAGCGGUAGGGGAGAGUGCGUCUCCGAUCCCCGACUCAAACAUGGGGAGUCGGAUGUUGCAGAGCAUGGGCUGGAGCCCGGGGACGGGCCUGGGUCCAGAAGGCCGGGGCAUCACUGAGCCCAUCCGUGCCACACAGAGACCCAAAGGCACAGGAUUGGGCUUCAACUGAACACCUGGUGUCUGCAUCCUGAACCUGGCGUGGACCAAAUGCCCAAAGACCUACAAGGAGGGAAGGAGAUGAACUGCUGCUCAGGGCGAUGAACGAUAACGACAACAAAUAAUCCUGGCAUGCGAGUCAUAAGAAGGAAAGGAAUGAGGUUUUACCUAGCAACAGUCUGUGAUGAAAGAGAAACUUUCCCAUAUUGGGGAAACUGCAAGAAGCCCGGGAUGUCCACACAGCAAGAGGGAGAGGGAGACAGCGGGACAUGAGGAAGUGCAUGAAACUGAGCUGGAGACGAGACUUUUUGCAAACAUGUCUUCUCAAGAAACUCCAUGUUGGAGAAAAUGAAUGACAUUGAUGCCUCCAUAGUUAGUUAUGCUUGAUGCAAGGAUGACGUGGUUUGUCAACGAUUUUGCUUAGUGAAUUAAAGAUAUUGCACAAUCAUUUUGAAUUAAAGACUAUUUGAGCAGGUCA